AUGAUGAUUCCCAUAGGAAACGAUAGUUGGGAAAAUGGAACAGCGGAGUUGCCAGUGUUCUAUCUGGAAGAACACACCGGUCUGCGUGUACUGACCGCGUUGCUCUUGUCCAUCAGUGCGGCGGUUGGAUCAUUCGGAAAUCUGCUUGUGAUUGUUGUCAUCCUGCGGAUAAAGACACUGCGAACGUGCGGCAACUACUUUGUCCUCAAUCUGGCCCUGGCUGACCUUAUCGUCACGAUGCUCAUUGAUCCCUUCAACGUUGUCGGUACGGUGGCAGGUCGCUCUGUUCUCGUCCACAACCCCAGCCUGUGCGAGUGGAUUGCCGCUUUCUGUGCCCCGGCCUGUAUGGGAUCCAUGUGGAACAUGUGCGCCAUAAGUUUGAACCGGUACGUUCUCAUCUGUCAUCACGCAAAAUACGCGCGCAUCUUCACCCAGGCCAACACUAUUCUCAUGUGUGUCGGCAUAUGGAUUUUGUGCCAUUUGUUCCAUCUUCCCAACCAUGUCGGGUGGGGCAUGAGUCGUUUCCAGUCGGAUUACUAUCUCUGCUCUUUCGACAUGGAACUGCAUUCCUACGCUAUUUUCUAUAUCAUCACCGGUGUGGUGAUUCCCUUGCUGGGCGUCCUGGUCGGCUACGCCGGCAUCUUCCGCCGAGUGCGCACCGUCCGCACGCAGAUGAAACUGUACAAAUCCGGAUCCAUCUCCGAGCCGGGCAAACAGACCCGCCCGCGGCAUUCCGAUUUCACGCAGGACGACAUUAAGCUGGUGAAGACGUUGUUCGAAGCCUUCGCGGUGUUCCUGGCGUGCUGGGCACUGUUUGCCAUACUGGUUCUAGCGCACCAGCCCCGCAGCGUACCGGGCUGGGUGUACGUCAUCGCCAUCAUUAUGGCGCACGGGAACUCCGCCGUUAAUCCGGUCAUCUACGGGAUGAGUAACGAUAAAUUCCGCGAAGGCUACAAGAUCAUCCUGGGGAUGCGAUCGCUCCGUGUGCUACCAGGUGAUACCAAAGCCGAACCGACAGACACCAAGACUAACUUCCAUUUACGCCGGCAGAAGUCAAUAGCGUCGCAGUCGCAACCGUCUAAAAGCAGUAAAUAGCGAUAUUAGAGACAAUAUGCUGUUUCUCAAAUAAGUAACUGCACCGGUGAUUUUUUCUUCG